UUCAAUUGGCGUCUGAACCUGUCGUCCUGUCUGAACUAGAAAAUUCACUCCUGUCCCAAGAAUAUUCCUGAAACAAUCGAUUGAUCAGAUCAAUCAGGAGAAUGUCGUCGAAACGUAUUUGUCCUUUCGAUGGUGAUCUUACCCCUCAGAUGAAGGUCCACGUUGGCCUCAAGGAGACGACAGAUGAUGCUCAGAGGAAUGAGGAGAUGAAGAAGAUUUAUGAACGUACACUCCAGCUGUUGAGAAAUGGAUCACAGAAAUCGAUUGGAAAAGGACCUGAAGACCAUCAGAAUCGAUCCAGCACUGGAUAUCAUUUUGAACCUCCUCGUCUCAAACAAAUGGUCAUGAAUGACAAAUUGGGGCUUGAGCAGAGCAAAAAGAUUAUCUUGCCUCAGGCACAACAAACAUGCAGCAGUUGCAAAGAAUUGAGAGUAUUUGAACUGAAUCGGUGCUUUCACUGCAUCGAAUUCUAUUGCCCCUAUUGUCUAAAUCAAUGCACCAAAUGCUUGGAACAAUUCUGCUCAAAAUGCAGUUUCACAAUAUAUGAAGGAGAUGAACACGUCGAGUGCCUGAAUUGCUAUCAGUGAUGGGAUUGAUAAUAUUGUGGGUCAAUCUCUCAAUCUCCAAGAACAAAUUGUUAAAAAUAGGUUUAUCGAAAAGGUACGAAUGAGAGUGAGAAGUUAUGAUUUUUUAGAGUAAUUUUAAGUGCCUCAAAGGCCGAUAUUUGCAUGCUCCUGCUACUGAGAUAAUUUUUUUUAUUCAAUUAAUAUUUUAUGUUCAAUAAACAAAUAAAUCUGAUAGAACAAAUUA